AACGGAACGAAUUAACCAAAAAAAAAAUUGUCUAUGGGUACUGUCAAAUGAGAAAACAGUGUCAACCUUACCAACUGUCUCUUUCUUGACGUUUCUUAGUGCUGUGUAGAACUUAACCGAAAUGGCGAAGUCAAAGAACCACACAAAUCACAAUCAAAACCGCAAGGCUCACCGAAAUGGUAUCAAAAAACCUAAGAAGUUCAGACACGAAUCUACUCUCGGCAUGGACCCUAAAUUCUUGAGAAACCAGAGGUUUUGCAAAAAGGGAAAUUUGAAACCAGCCAAGCAGUUAAUACGUGCUGCGGAAAGGAAAGCUGCAAGGGAAGCUAAGGCUAAGAAAUGAUUACUUUUAAGACAAUAAAAGCUUAAAACACAAA